GCCACCACCACUGGCUGCCUGGCGUUCGGCGGCUACUCGGAGCUGGAGCAGGCCCGCCAAAACGGCGAGCUGAGGAAGGCGUGCGCCCGGCACGGGCACCCGGUGCAGCCGCCCCGACGCCUCAACUCCACGACGAGGCUGGGACGGCUGCGGACCGCGAUGGCGUCGGAGGUGGCGCUCGGCACGGCCGCCGUCCACGCCUAUUUGAUCACCUCCAGCGACGAGCACCAGAGCACCGACGUGGAUGAGUUCGAUAAACGCUGGGAGUUCAUAUCAGGCUUCAGUGGAAGUUACGGCAACAUUGUAGUAACAGGAAAUAAGGCAGCCCUGUGGACAGACGGGAGGUUUUACCUCCAAGCCGAUGAAGAAAUCGACUGCAAUUGGUUGUUGUUCAAAGAAGGCGAGAGAAAAACGAAGACUAUAUCCGAAUGGUUGAAACAGGCGUUACCGCGCGGAGGUAGAUUGGGAUUGUACCCCAAACUGGUGUCCCAAUACAUGUGGAACAAGCUGUUUCGAGAACUGGAAGGUACCGGCAUCGAAAUGGUGGGUUUGAACGUGAGUUUGAUCGAUGAAAUAUGGCCGGAUGAAUUAAGGAAGAGCAGACGGAGCAAAGAGGCGUUUUACUUGGAUGAGAUUUAUACCGGUAAGAAUUACACGACGAAAAUCAACGAGACUAGAAGGAGAUUGCAGAAACACGGAGCAGAUGCGAUGGUGAUAACAGCUUUGGAUGAAAUAGCUUGGUUAUUGAACGUCAGAGGUAGAGAUGUUCCCAACUCGCCUUAUGUAAGAAGCUACGUGAUUUUGGAUAUGAAUAACAUAUUUUGGUAUGUCAAUGGUAGCCAAAUUCCAGAAAACGUGAGGAAACAACUCCAUUCUCACUCCAGAUUAGUCGAAAGCGAUACUGUAACACUGAAACCCUACGAACAAAUCUGGCCGGAUUUGGGAACGAAAUCGCAACUGUACAAAAAAAUCCUGAUACCUUCGCAUUGCGUUUACAGCGAGGGCGCCAGCCACGCCAUCUACGAGCACGUUUUCCACGAUCGACGCCUCCUGGUGCAAUCUCCCAUCAUCUACCUGAAAGCCGUCAAGAACCCCACGGAAAUCGAAUGGAUGAAAUCCACCAACAUCAAAGACGCCGCCGCCGUUUGUGAUUGCUUCGCUUUCGUGCAAAAAAAGAUGAACAGCAACGAGAGAAUCACGGAGGUGGAUUUGGUGGAGUAUUUGAACGAGUACCGGUACGAACAGAACCACAGCUUGGGCAAUAGCUUUAGGACUAGAGUGGGCUUCGGAGCGAACGGGGCUUUUCCCAAUUACGAAUCCACUUUAUCGUCAAACGUGCAGAUUUUCAAAAAUAGUACUCUCGUGUUGGAUUCCGGCGGGCAAUAUCAUGGUGGUACUACCGAAGUGACGCGUACUUUGCAUUUCGGAGAGCCUACGGAGGAGAUGAAGGAGGCCUACACGCGAGUACUGAUUGGUCUAAUAUCGCUGUCAACGUUGACGUUUCCUAGUAAUAUGAAAAUGGCGGUUUCCGACGCCGUGGCGAGGGCGUCGCUUUGGGAAGUGGGUUUGGAUUAUCCGCACGAGACAGGGCACGGUAUCGGCUCGUUUUUGGGCGUUAACGAGUCUCCGGUGAAGGUGCAUUUCGAUUCGGAGGUUAGCGGACAGCAGGCGUUCAAGCCGGGGUAUUUUCUGUCGAACGGACCUGGGUAUUAUAGGGAAGGGAUGUUCGGGGUUAGAUUGGAGAAUGUUAUGGAGGUUGUGGAGAAACCUUGGUUGAAUUAUGCUGGGAAUACGUAUCUCGGAUUUAAGACGAUUACGUUCGUUCCGUUCGAGCCUAAUUUGAUAAAAUUGAGUUUAUUGUCGGUGGAGCAGAGAAAGUGGUUGAAUGAGUAUAACGAACAAGUGCGUCAUUUAGUUGGUGAGGAAUUAAAAAGGCAGAAACGAAUGGAUGGAUUCUAUUACAUGAUGGAUAAAACUCAGUAUAUUCCGGAAAACAAAUCUCCUAGCUUCAGAAGCACCUUUUGCCUAGUUAUUUUUCUUAAUAUAUUUUUAUUGUUUAAUAAAUUUUAA